AUGUCGGGUGAAAGUAGUUCACAGGACCUUCUGGUGAAGGUGCAGAAGAAGGUUCUUGGGAAAAUGGUGGGGAAAAACUCUAUCAAACUAGUUGUCGAUGAUAAUAUCUCCGUCGUGCUAGACGAUUUCUACAAGUGGGCAAAGAUCGAGUCGGGAAAAGCAACAGCAGAAAAACUGUUAAAAGACGCGAUCAAAUUGGUAGUUAAAACCGGAGUUCUAUUCCACAACAAGCAAAUCGAUCAGGGCGAAAUCAAAAACUGGGAAAUUCUGCGCUCGAAAAUCAACAAUAUUGCCAACACAAUUUGCUACUUUCACAGGACUCCGUUUACGUAUAAUAAAGACAUGCUCCACGGCCAACUUGACUCGGCCGACACUCUUCUCAAAACUGCAUUGAAGCCUCACGUGACAGAAAAAACCAUCGGCCGAGUAGAGAACGUGUUUGGCUGGCUAAAAAAGACCGAGCACCUCGAUUCUCUUUACUCGACGAAGCACGACGCGCUACGAGAGGACAUGAUUACCAAGCUCGAAGUCCUGCUUGAAAAAGACGGCAUCUAA